CAUGUUUCUCGUAUGGUUACAGCCAACACGAACGGCACUGCACAAAAGCGGGCAUUACGCCACCAGCUGUGGAUAUCAUCUAUUCCAUGUACUUGUACCACACAUAUUUCUUCCUCGACACGAGCUGAGGAGGAACCGUAAACUAUGGAUUCAGACAUGGAGAAUCGUGGCCUGGUAGAUUUGGAAAAAGAGUUGACUUGUUCUGUAAGUCUCCUACUUUAUUAUGCGUUGCGGUGCUCGGAUGAACUUGCGGGGGUAGGGAAGCAAGCUCCAUGACAUCGCUCAAUGCGCCGGCGCCUCUCCCAACCCCAGUACUCGAGAUGAAGAGACCACUUGCUGAUCAUAUUUCUGCCGGCGUAGAUAUGUACGGAAGUGCUCUACCAACCUCUCACUCUCCUCGACUGCCUGCACACCUUCUGCGGCGCCUGUUUGAAAGAAUGGUUCCGAUGGCAACUUACCAAUAGUCGCAAUGCCCAAACUCCUCUCGCGCCCGGCACGACGCCCUAUACUUGCCCAUCAUGUCGCGAUCCGGUGCGGAAUACACGACACGAUUCUAGAGUGACCACGCUCCUCGAGAUGUUCUUGGCGGCGAAUCCAAGCAAAGGUCGAACAUCGGAGGAGAAGGAGGAGUUGGCAAAGAAAUACAAGGUUGGCGAUGAGAUCCUGCCCAAAGUUGAGAUCAGGGAGAAGAGUCUACGGGAGAGAAGAGCGGAGGACGAGGACCGCAGAUUGGUGGAUGAAGUGAGGAAUCUGAGCCUAAGGGAGGUGGGGGUUGCGGGGGAAGGGACUGGGGAAAGGCGGGAGAGGAGAAGGAGAGAGGAAACCAGACUGCGACCCUCACAACCAAGCUCGAGCAGAGAACAAAGUAGAGAUGGCCGGAGCGGUGAUGACAGGGAAAGACAUAGGCGGAGAGAGGCUGAGGCUGCAAGGAGAAGGACGAGGGAUAGCACCCUACGAACGGAUUCAAAUUCAGACAGUGGGCCGGAGAGUCGACGGCGGAGAAGUGAUGCUGAAUCAAGGAGGAGGCAUGAGGAGACACAUCGAACGGCGGCCCGCCAGAUUGAACACCAGUCUUCUUUGCGAUCCUUAAUCAGUUCUUCCGACGUUGACUCCCGGGACAUGGAAGAGGAGAUUCUACGUCAGAUCAGGGAAGAGGGGCUCUUGGAUGGCAUUGAUUUAGAAAAUAUUGAUGUCAGCCAGGAAGAUCAAAUUAGCGAGAGAAUUGCUGAGGCGUUUCGAAGAAGACAAGCUGAGAAAGCUGAGAAAUUGAGACGAGAAAGGGAAAGAAGAAGAUCCGCUGAUCAAAGAAGACAAGCUCGAAUUUCAGAACCCGGGUCGAGGGAAGUUUCUGGAGAUGAUAGAAGUUCCAGAAAGCGAAUACAUUCCAGAAACACUAGCGCAGUAAGCCAGGCGAAUGAACGAAGUAGGCCACCUCCAUCCAUGAGCCAGGCUCAUGCUGCUCAACUAGGAGUACAUGGUCAGGACGAAAGACAUCACCGAAGGCGAAAUACCAGUGGUAGUCGAAGCUCUACCGCUCCUGUUCCCAUAGCGGAUCCCAUAGCGAGACCAGCUACACGAUCGUCAACCGAUUUGAGUAGCAGACCUCGAUCAUUAGAUAUGAGCAUUACACGACCACACGUUACUACCAACUCAAGAAGUUCGACAGAUCCAGCAAGCCAAAGACCUCGUGGAGUUUCCACCUCUUCCCGAGAACGGCAGCAUGGUUCGAAUUCUAGCCCACGAUUGGAAACAACUUCUCGUAUUGAGGAUUCUGCUGUACCACCAACUGGCCCUACUUCUUCAACACGGAGGUCACCCCCAGCGGAUAUCUCGACCCCAUCUUCUUCACUUGCUGUGUCAUCCUCCCCAAUCGAACAAAGUCUUGUGCCCGCUCCAUUGACCCCUAAUCACUCUCCUGGUCCUUCUCCCAAUCAUUCGCCCCGUACUUCUUUAUCUGACAGGGCCAUUGCCUUGUCUAGCGGUACGAGGCCAACAUCAUCGUCUUCGGCUUCACAAGGGCAUAGAAGCAGGGCGCCGUUUUACCCGGAGCCAUCUAUAACGUGUGCUCGUUGUUCCAGGCCCCAUAUCGAGUAUGAUUUGCAUUACAAUUGUGGCAUCUGCCAUGGUGGUAAUUACAAUGUAUGUCUACGAUGCUUCCGCACUGCCAAUUUCAAAGGCUGUCUGCACUGGUUUGGGUUUGGCUAUGCUGCAUGGACCAACUGGAAGGCUCUAAUUCGAUCUGGCGAUCUGCCAGCAUCUGCAGAGAAGCCACAUGGGCUUAUUGCGAGCCGAUAUAUACCACCAAAGACAACUCCGGGAGGAGCCGAGGGUCGAAAGACACUUACCAAUGAAGAUCCUUUGAAGCGACUUCAAAGUGGUGUUUUUUGUGCUAACUGUCUUGCCUGGGCAAAUGAAUGUUACUGGCGCUGCGACUUUUGCAACGAAGGAGAUUGGGGAUUUUGCAAUACCUGUGUAAAUCAGGGCAAAUGUUGUACACAUCCUCUUCUCCCAUUAACUUAUAAAUCGCCGGAAACAUCUGAUAUCACUCCUAUGUCACCAAUUCAGAUCCCUGCAUCUGCCUCGAUACUGACAGGCCCAGAUGUAAUGAAUAUUGGGCACUUCAAGCCAUUAACUUUCUCCACAGCUUGCGACAUAUGUCGUUCCUCCAUCGCCCCAACCACAACAAGAUUUCACUGUCUUUCGUGCACCAGCAGUAAAUUGCCUAACCGCCAAUCAGGCGACUACGAUAUAUGCUCAAAUUGCUACACGAGACUUGUAGCCAACCGUCGCAUCAGCAUGGAAAAUGGUCCAAAAGGUUGGCGACGCUGUCUCGAAGGACAUCGUAUGAUAAUCAUUGGCUUCGAGUCAAAGCACGGUGGACAGCGACGAGUCAUCACUUCAGAUCUCAUCGGUGGAUGGCUUCUCCAUACUGAAGCCUUCCCCUCAACCGACUUUCCAGAUUUGCAAAAGUGGUCGUGGGGCGAUAAACAUCAGAAACUCGUAACUAAUAAUGUGAUGAACACUACCCCCCCUUCGAUCCCAAAUUUUGAGCAAGAUGCUGGGUUUCCGGCUGAAGGAGGGGAGGGUAUGCGGUGUGUAGCGAGGUGGAGUUGGUAUCCUGAGGAGGGUGCCGAUGAUGAGUUGGCGUUUCCGAAAGGGGCCGAGAUUAGGGAGUGUAAGGAUAUUAAUGGGGAGUGGUGGCAUGGUACUUAUAUGGGAAAACGGGGAUUGUUUCCUUCGGUCUAUGGGAGGGUUGUUGGGGGUCCUAAAUAGAUAGGGUUGAGUUUUUGUUUAUAGAGGGGAGACAUUUUGAUUCCUGGGUCUGAUGACUUUUCACGAGAAGAGUUGUUUUUCUGAGGUUCUAGGUUAUGAUGAGAUAUGAAUGAUACCAGGUGCUGAGUUUUCUAUGUUUCCUUUUUGUUAUCAGGCGCAUUAUUAUCUGAAAUUUGAAACUGUAUUGCUCUCUUGGGUUAUUUGAAUAAGUGCC